GCAAGCCUCUGUUUUCACCUUUUGCUGCACGAGUUUCAGGGACGCUUCAAAAUUCAGAUCCUCUCACAGACACCUAUCGGAAUCGAGAUGGUUCUAUCGCGCGUAUCCACCUCCUCCUCCUGCUCCGCCGCCGUUCUCAAGCCGCUCGCCACAGCUCUCUCCUUGCGUCGCUCGAUCUCCACGGACACCACUCCCUUAACGAUCGAGACAUCCGUCCCGUUUACCUCCCACCAAUGCGAGCCACCAUCACGCUCUGUCGAGACCACUCCAAAGGAGCUCCUCUCCUUCUUCCAUGACAUGGCUAGGAUGCGGCGGAUGGAGAUCGCUGCCGACUCACUCUACAAAUCCAAGCUCAUCCGUGGAUUCUGCCAUCUCUAUGACGGUCAAGAAGCUGUUGCAGUCGGCAUGGAAGCCGCCAUCACUAAAAAGGAUUGCAUCAUCACUGCCUAUCGUGACCACUGCACUUUCCUCGGUCGCGGCGGGACCCUCCUAGAGAUAUUUGGGGAGCUGAUGGGACGGCAGGUUGGAUGUUCGAAAGGAAAGGGUGGUUCGAUGCAUUUCUACAAGAAGGAUGCUAAUUUCUACGGUGGUCAUGGGAUUGUUGGGGCUCAGAUUCCACUAGGGUGCGGCUUGGCUUUUGCACAGAAGUAUUCCAAGGACGAAACGGUGACGUUUGCUAUGUACGGUGAUGGUGCUGCUAACCAAGGUCAAUUGUUUGAGGCCUUGAACAUUGCAGCGCUUUGGGAUCUGCCAGCAAUUCUAGUCUGCGAGAAUAAUCACUAUGGUAUGGGGACGGCGGAGUGGAGAGCUGCAAAGAGCCCUGCAUAUUACAAGCGUGGGGACUAUGCUCCUGGCUUGAAGGUAGAUGGAAUGGAUGCCCUGGCUGUGAAGCAGGCAUGCAAGUUUGCAAAAGAGCAUGCAUUGAAGAAUGGACCAAUUAUUCUUGAGAUGGACACCUACAGAUAUCAUGGUCACUCAAUGUCUGAUCCUGGCAGCACCUACCGCACACGUGAUGAGAUUUCUGGUGUGAGACAGGAACGUGAUCCAGUUGAAAGAGUAAGGAAGCUGAUACUAACUCAUGACCUAGCUACUGAGAAAGAGUUGAAGGAUAUUGAGAAGGAGGUGAGAAAAGAGGUAGAUGAUGCUAUAGCUCAAGCCAAGGAAAGCCCAAUGCCUGAACCUUCUGAACUUUUUACAAAUGUGUAUUCGAAAGGGAUGGGUGUUGAGUCGUUUGGGGCGGAUAGGAAAGAAGUUAGGGCGACACUCCCAUAGGAUGAUACUUCUCAAGUUGAACUAUGUCAGCCCUUUUUUACGUUACCACCAACAUACCAAUAAUCCUCGGAUGGAGUAAUAGAAGUAUCAUUAAUAAUUUGAUUUCGCCUUUUAAUUGUAUAGAAUACUUAAUUCUUCCUUAUGAUAGGGGCGCAAAAUUGCUUAAUUUUGGCUAUAUGGUAUUUUGGAGUAGCCCACGCAUUUACAUUGCCCGUGGUUGAUUGAAUUGGUGAUUUUGGUCUUCCAUAUGUCGUUUUCUUCACUGCAAGGAGUAUUUAUGCUGAAAUUGAGAAGGGUGUCAUUGAUUUCAUAUCU